AUGUCACCAAUAAGGUUACUAAUCACGUCACUGUUACUACUAUUACUUCACAAUCAGCCCCGCCCCUGCCGCUGCGACUCCGGCCGCCGCUUCUACUGCCUCCCGCCGGUGCCGGGCAAGGACAACGUACUCUGCAGCCCGCGAAAUCAAGACGGCGAUUCUCUGCUCCAGAACAGCCUACGACUGCUCGAGAGACGGCUGGUGAAUCCUAUGGACGAGGGUUUCGGUGGCGGCGGUUAUCACUACUGCACUUACGCCAGCUACCAGGGCUUCACCACUCACGGCUAUGCGUACUGCCGGUUCAAUGACACUAACGGUUGCCGGGACAGCCUGACUGCCGCUUGGAAUGCGUUGAACCAAGAAUGUAGUAGUGGUUCGACCGGUGGUCAGAUCACGACUCUGGGUUUUUAUAGUUGUUUGAGAUAUGAGAUGUACUCGUUUUGCUCAUCAUAG